AUGGCUAACAUAGCAUCACAAGAAGAACUUUUUAGUCAGAUUAAAAGACUUCACACUAAUCACAAGAAAACUUCGUCAACGCGUUAUACAGCAAGUUACUUGAAAAUACGGAUAGAGUCGCUUGAAGAAUACUGGAAUCAAUUCCUUGCUGAACACCGAGAAAUUCUUAAGUCUUCAGUAAGCGUUGAAGAGAAAAAGGAACUGAAAGCACUCUAUAAUGAUGUUGAAGAUUUCUAUAUGGAGUUCAAGACUAGUUUAUUGGAACUGACGGAAUCUGUCACAAUACAAGAAGGUGCCUCACCUCCAGUGCCUCAUGCAUCUCAACCUCAAGUUGUCACAAAGAGUAAACUCCCACCGAUAAACCUCCCUUCAUUUUCCGGUGAUUACCAAGAAUGGAUGCACUUCAAGGAUUUGUUUAUCUCUAUGGUACACAAUGAGCCAGGUCUGAGUGACAUACACAAGCAUCAUUAUUUGAGGUCAAGCUUGAAGGGUGAAGCAGAACAAGUAGUCCGUCAUUUCGAACUCACAGCCGCAAAUUAUGGGAAGGCUUGGAACGCCUUAGUCUGUCGCUACAGCAAUGAUAGAGUGAUAGCUAAUACCAUACUGAAUCGCCUGCUCAAUCAGAAGAAACUCACGUACGAAUGCUCUAAAGGCCUCAAGGAUCUUCUUGAUACUACAAACCAGUGUCUCAGUAGUCUAGCAAAUUUGAAGAUUGACACAACUACUUGGGAUUCGAUAAUCGUGCAUAUUGUGGUAUCCAAGUUAGAUAGUGAAACUCACAAAGCUUGGGAGCAAUCGCUUGGUUCAUCUAUAGAGUUACCCACGUAUAAGAAGCUCACAUCAUACUUAGAGGGACGAUUCAGAGCGAUGGAAAUGGUACAAGCGACACAGAAGAAAGAUAAGAAAGAGACCACAUUUCAACUACCAGCUACUGCACCUAAAAUAAAGAAUGUGAAAUAA